GGGAGGGAGUGAGAGCGAGAGGAGCGAGGGAGUCAGGAGCUGCAGGUAAAGGAGGAAAAAACAUCGCUUCUGCGCUGGUUAACUACCAGGUUUGGGGGAUUCGCAGCUAUUUUUGAACUUUGUUUCUGAGAGAAUAGUGAUUCAGACAUUAUAAUGGAUGAAGAUUUUGUUGUCCGUGUCCGUGGGCUCCCAUGGUCCUGCACAGCUGAUGAAGUGUUACACUUCUUCUCAGAUUGCAAGAUAUUAAAUGGAACUGGUGGAAUACACUUCACCUAUUUAAGAGAAGGCCGUCCAAGUGGUGAAGCUUUUGUUCAGCUGGAAACUGAGGAAGAUGUAAAACGUGCCCUUGCAAAGGACCGGGAAAGCAUGGGCCAUAGAUAUAUUGAAGUUUUUGAGACUAAAGCCACUGAAAUGGACUGGGCACUAAAGCAUGCUAACCCAAAUCAAACUGAGUCAACGAGUGAUGGAACAGUGCGCCUUAGAGGCUUGCCCUUUGGCUGCAGCAAAGAGGAAAUUUUGCAGUUUUUCACAGGGUUGGAAAUCGUGCCAAAUGGGAUAACAUUGCCGGUGGACUACCAGGGGAGAAGCACGGGGGAAGCCUUCGUGCAGUUUGCAUCAAAGGAGAUAGCUGAAAAAGCACUGGGGAAACACAAGGAAAGAAUAGGGCACAGGUAUAUUGAAAUCUUCAGGAGCAGUAGAGGUGAGGUUCGAGCUUAUCAUGAUCCUCCAAGAAGGUUAAUGGGACAGCGACCAGGACCCUAUGAUAGACCAAUGGGAAGUGGACGAAGUGGCUAUGGUGGUCCAGGGCCAAUGAGAGGAGAUAUGUUUGACCGUGCGCGCAGAGGAUCCGCAUAUGGUGGAGGUUACAGCAACUUUGAUGAUUAUGGUUACAAUGAUAACUAUGGUUAUGGCCGUGAUGCAUAUGGGCAUAAUUCCAGAGGUGGCGGAAUGAUGGAUAGAGGCAUGGGCAGCCGUGGUUAUGGUGGAGCAGGAGAUGCUGGUCCUCUUUUUCAAAACGGUACAGGUCAUUAUGUACACAUGAGAGGAUUGCCCUUCAGAGCUUCUGAAGGAGAUGUUGCUGACUUUUUUUCACCACUGAUUCCUGUAAAGAUCAACUUUGAAUAUGGUUCUGAUGGUCGUCUGACUGGAGAGGCUGAUGUUGAGUUUGCUACUCAUGAAGAUGCGGUUGCUGCUAUGUCUAAAGAUAAAGCACACAUGCAACAUCGGUAUAUUGAGUUGUUCCUGGAUUCAACUGCCAAUAUGGGAAGUGGGCCUGGCGGUUAUGGAAAUCACAGAAUGGGUGCUAUGGGCAUGGGUAUGGACCAUUAUGCAGCAGGCAAUCAAGGAGGCUAUGGGCAUAACAGCCAGGGUAUGGGAAAUAGCUAUGGAAAUAUGGGAAAUAGCUAUGGUGGAUAUGGAAAUGCUGGAAACGCACGUGGAUUUGGUUAUGGCGGUAUGGGAGGAGGUGGAUAUUCCAACAAUCCAAAUCCGAAUAUGGCAAUGGGAAACUUAGACACAAGCAUGGCUGGAUGGAGAAUGUAAACUAAUGUUAUGGUGAUCAGGCCAUGAGCCAGAAGCUUCAGAACCCAAACUCUGCCACAAUUUCAUAAUGGAUGACCAAUGCAGCAGCAUUGCUGUUUGUUUUUUUCUUCAAAACCAAAAGCAGUAAUAUUUUUACUAAUAGAGCUACUUUGCAAUUCUUUUUAUUUUUUUACAUGUUUUGGUGUCAACAUAUAGAACGCCCAUGUUGCCCAGACUUUGGGUAACUUUGUUUGAAGCUUCAGGUAUUAGACCUGAUGGAGAAGGAAAAAUUGUUUUGAUAAUUUUGGACUUGCGUGAAUGUGGCAAAUCAAAGUAAACAUCUAGUGCAAAGCCUCCUUUUGAUGAAUUCUUACAUUUUAUUAUUUUAACUAAACUGAAUCUAACUUUAGAUCACCUUUAAAUGCUCUCAGGUGAGCAAGUUGUGUGAUUGUGAAUGCUAUUUUCUACUUUGGUGGUACCAUUUAAAUAAAACAUGGGGAGGGGUUUAACUUGGUAUUCUUUCUAUGGUAUAUACCAGAAAUUAUAAGGCCACCAAUGAAAUGUCCACACUUCAUUCAAUUUGAGGUUGUGUUGUCACAUGUAGAAAUGUGCGGUUAUGGGCAUCUGUUAGAACAUCUUUUAGCAUUGGUGUCUUUAUAAACAAUUUUUUGUCCCAUUUGUUUGCUCAUCAGACAACUACUGUUCAUUUGUUUCAUGUUUUUACUAUUCUGGUGUUUCCCCCUCCCCCUUGCCCCUGCCCAUUUAUAACAGCUAAUGGGGAGUUUCUCAGUUGGGUUGAAAUGGUAUGUCUUCCUGUUUUGACUUUCUGGAAUGCUUUAACAGAUAAAAACCAAGAAGCAGAUGUAGGGUAUUGUGUGGGUGUUGAGCUGUCAGUUCCUCCAGCAACUUAGAUGUAUUCUUGACUGUCUGGCAUUGGAAAUCCUGGCGAACAUGUUUUUUCAACAGUUGCUAUGUUGAUUUUUUUAAAGUCUGUCUGGUUCACAUGGUUUUUAACUUUGAUUCUUAAUAUUUUGACUGUUAGCAAUGUAGUUUUAAAAAUGAGAAGUGUAUCUUUGUACCUUUCCAAAAGGUGCUUUUUUUUGGUUACCAUGCUUUGUUCAGUGGGACAUAUUGACUUUGACACUUAGUUGAAUGUGCAGCUUCUGAAACCUGUACAUUUUUUCAACAUCUGAAAGAGAUGACUUACUGUACAUUUCUAAUGGUGAAUAUAAUAAAGUGUAAUUUCAGAAAUGUUAA